AUGAAGACUGCUGCAUUGGUUCUCCCGCUUCUCUGCGCUUUUACUACGGCCGCGCCUGCGUUUGGUAACAAGAUCCGCAGACAGGAUGCAGAUGGCAGUGUCAGUGAUGUCCUUGGAAGUCUCGGCCUGCGAACACGACAGGACGCCGACAGCAGUGUAAGCGGCCUUCUCGGCAGCCUCGGCUUACGCACACGACAAGACGUGAACACCGGUGGCAGCAGCAUCCUCGGCGAUGUUGGUACGUUGCGGCGUCGAGCAAACGUCGUUGGCUCCUCUGAUGAUGACGGCGACAGCAACGGCGACAACGACGAUACCCUCGCCAACGCGCUUGACGGCAGUCGGCUCAAGGCCGAUUCCAAUGGUCAGGAUAUCGACGUUGCCGAUUUGGGCAGCGUUCUUCGUCGUCGCCAGGGCCUUGUGCCGGGUUCAUUGGCUUCUGGUAAUGGUAAUGGUGACGCCGAUAGUGACAAUGACGGUAAUGAGCAGUUGGCUAAUGUGCUCGAUGGCUCGGCAGCGGGGAUCAACCAGAAUGCUCAGAACAUCUCUGUCGCGGAGCUGAAGCGUCGCCAACUCCUUCCUGGUCUCCUUGGUGGCGGUGGCGGUGAAAACGACGCGCAGGAUGAUGGCAAUGGGAGCAAUGAUGAUAGCGUCUUGAAUCUGCUCGAUGGAGACGCGGCUUCGAUCGACCGCAACAUCCAGAACGUGACUAUUCUCCGACGAAGGGGGAGCGGUGAUGGUAACGGCGAUGGGGAUGGUGAUGCCGAUGACAACGAGACCCUCGCAAACGUGCUUGACGGGUCGUCCGCGGCCGUAGACCGGAAUGCGCAGGGUAUCACGGUCCUGCGACGAGACACAGCAUAUGAACGACGUGCCCCGACUCCCUCGGCUUCUGCUGCUGCUACUGCUGCUGCUACACCCAUGCCAGCCCUCUCCUCUUCGUCAUCCUCCUCUUCUUCAGCUCCUGUUGCGGCUCAACCAGCACCAGCAAGACCCAAACCAGUCGUCGACGCCGGCGACAAUGACAACAGCAAUAACCAUGACAACAACGAUGACGAUGCCCUGCUCAACGCCGCUGACAACUCAGGCGCCAACAUCAGCAAGAACUUGCAGAACAUCACGGUGCUGAAGAGGGCCGAUGGCGAUGGUGAUGGCGACAACGAUGGCAAUGCCAAUGACGACGGCACAGUUGCGAAUGUGCUCGAUGGCUCUGCGCUAGGCGCAAACCAGAAUGUGCAGGAUGUUGGUGUUGCUGAGUUGCGGUAA